UAUGGAACAAAAUUAUCUCUCAAUCUCGAUAAUUUCUUGGACGGAAACACGCACAGAAAGAGUGAUUUAACGACGUUUACAGCCAACAUGAAUUCUCUGAAGCUUACUGGAUUAUUGUUGUCUAUUUUCUUCUUAUUAGACAAUGCGGAAGCAGGCAAAGGAAACUGUACAAUUUUCACAUCAUGUAAUCCAUGUCUUAAGGGCCUUAAGAACAAUGUAACAAUAGACUGUUUCUGGUGUUCUUCCACUGAGGAAUGCAUAGAAAAGGAUGGGCUUCUCCCAAAAGGUUGCAAAUCAGUUGACUGGCGAUAUUUUGAUAACUGCACAGUACCUGGCUAUGUAUGGGUAAUUGUGUUUCCUGUUUUGGGUUUUGUGAUUCUUGUUGCUAUUUCCUGUUGCUUUUAUUGUUGUUGCUGCAAAUGCAAGUCAGGCGGAAGAGGAUCCAACAAUGAAGAAGCAAAGUUUCACCGCAAGCGACUGGAACUCAAACAAAAACACGCAGAAAGAAGAGCAGAAAGAAGGGAGAAAACAGAUGAAAUUCGCAAGAAAUAUGGAUUGGAUAAAAGUGAUUCUACCUCUAGCAGAUACCAACAGUUUGAAAAUGAUCCGGAAGUUUAGAAAUUUUGGAUUUCAAUUUUAGUGAUAAGAAUGUGCACGGAACCAUUCCAUAUAAUGUAAUUAAUGUAUCAUAGUAGAGUGCUUUUACAGCUUGAAAAUCAUCAUAAUUUCUAAAUAGAAACUGAAGACGAUUUCAGGUUUUUAUUUAACUACAGCGUAAUAAUAGAAUGAAACAAUGCAUAAGUGAUAAAUUCAUAAAUAAUUUGAUUAGUAUACUUAUUUUCUUAUAAUUGUAUUGUAUACAAGAAAUCACGAAAAUUACGUUAAUUAGAUAUUGUAUCCUUUUUAUUAGUUUUCACGAUUGUUGCUGCACUAGUAUAGUUUACAAGAAUAUUGCUAGCGUACUGAAGAAAUACACAAUUUGUAAUGUG